CUGUAAUUGAUUUACAAAAAUCAGUAAACAAAACAUUAAUAUUAAUUUCCAGUGUCAAAUACGCGUGCUAAUGCUGCUUGGAUUUAAUUGAAAUAAUGUCAUUUUGAAAUCGUUUUCGACAGUUGCGUUUUGAUAGGCUCUCGUUUUUGUAUUAUUUGUCGCAUUGUGGAUUAGUGAAAAUUAGUCGUGGAUGACAGAUAGUUAUGAUGAUUAGUUUGAAAUUGGUGUAGUUAGUUUAUAAAGUUUACGGUUUUAAUUUAUGGAGAUCCCCUCUACGAACGAUGCAAUGUAUUGACUAGACUAAAUAAACGAUAAAGAUUUGAGGUGCCAAAAUAAGUUUUGUGAGAACAAUCGAUCCAACUAAGACUUUCGGUUAAAAUGUACACUUUUGAUGGACAUGUGUCGGAAUUCAGUUCAGACCAGAACUACAAUGGUCGAACCCAUUGUUCCACAAAUUCCCGGCAGUUUUCUGUCACCAGUCUAUUGAGACUGGGACACAAAAGAAGACAUUCUGGUUCGGACCCGGAUCUCGAUUCCGCUGAAGAAAUAUCCAGUGAAGAUAAACUAAAAAAACCAAGACGAAACAGAACUACAUUCACAACAGCCCAACUAGCAGCUCUAGAAAAAGUAUUUGAAAAAACACACUAUCCAGAUGCGUUCGUCAGAGAAGAUUUAGCAUCCAAAGUUAGUCUUAGUGAAGCCAGAGUACAAGUUUGGUUCCAAAAUCGACGUGCCAAAUUUAGAAGAAACGAAAGAAGCCUAAAUCUACAACAAUCACCGUCCAGCAAACUCCCUUGCAAAACGUCUCCUAUACCAUUGAAACCAGAAGUAUCAGAUAAAACGUUAUUUCCUUAUCAAAAUGGCGUGUCAGCCCAUUCUACUACUCAACCACACUCAGAUCUUCAAUAUAUCAUGCCUUGGAAAUGCUCUUAUUCCCAAUAUAAUCAACACGAAUUAUAUUCGAAUAAUUUUAAUAGCUUGCCUGCUCAAACAUGUAGUUUUUUAUCAAAUUCGCAUUUUAACUAUGGAAGUUUAUCAUCGAAUUCUAUGUGCAAUACUUUAAAUAUGCCUACAAUAAGAUAUAGAUCUCAGGAUUUUAGUUUAUAGAUUUUACUAGCACAUUUUUUGUUUGUUACAAUAAAUUAAUUUAAAAUU